CCAGGUGGCAGUACAGCGCUAUAAGGCCUGAAUGACAGGCAGCUAGCUAAACUGGGUUGUAUUGAAUCCCACGUGAGGCAGCAGCAAUGUUGUCUUUUGACGAACUUCUGACAAGUCUGCAAAUGUGUGUCAUCGCCGAGAACCAAACGAAUGAAAAUGGAAACCAAACACUUCAGCUCUUUUUCGAUAAGCUGUCGGAGUGCUCCAGGAUCGAUGUUAAAAGGAGCAAGGAGCGCCAUUUGGAGGAGGCUACCCAACUGUUGAAGACGGUCAAGCUCGAUGGCUUGGAGCCUGAUCACCUCCAGCUUCUCGUCCGACUUCUCGUCUCCUUGCAGCUGCAGAUGGUCCACAUCUCCACAACCUGCAGAAAAGUGGACCAGAUGUUGCAUCAUCUGGCGAAGGUGGACCAUCAACUGGUGUUUGGAGAAACCCAAGUCUGUUUGAGCUCUAUAGUUCACUCUGAGCAGAUAUUCACUCAAGAAGACCUUCAGAGAGCCUGUAUGUUCCUGGAGGAUAGCGCUGUGGGCCGUGAUGUGUGGCGGGAGCUCUGUCCUUCCUUUCUGGACAAAUUAGCUCAAUUCUUCCCUUCAAUACUGCAACAAGAGUCCCUGCGAGAUGGGCAGCUGUGUUAUCUUGCUGUGAAGGUGUGCCUCCAGAUAUUUCAGCUAUUGUCGAGACAGGUGUCUUUUGCAGUAUGGGAAAAGGAAGAGAGGAGCCCAGCCAUGCAGAAAAUCUUGCAGGCUCUCGCUGAAAUAAUCUUUGGAGAGAGCAGCAACAGAGACACUCGUCUUCUGGCGGGGACCGCUGUGGCCAUGCUCAUCAACACGGCAUCUGAGCGCAGCGCCGGUGCAGCGGCUGCCUGGAGUCUUUUCCAGAGCUCUCAUUCAGAGCCGUGGCUGCUGACAGUGGGGGCCCUUCAGGUGCAGUGUUGCCCCACGUCGCUGGGCGGAGUGGGUCAGCUGGCGAUGAGCAGGGGCCUCCUGACGUGCUGUCACCCUCACAUAUUGCUCAGUUCACGUCUAGCGGGCGCAGAGUUGUGUUCGCAGGGCAGCUUACUGCUGGAUGCUUUGUUUCCUCUGCUUUAUGAUUUGUGUGAGGAGAAGCUGAAUUGUCUCUACCUUUCCUUUGAGGUGUUCACACUAUGGCUGAAGAAGGUCAAAGAAUGUGUGUCUGAUAUCUGGAAGACGACGGGUGGCCGUCUUCUGCCUGAGGGUAGCAACCUGCAGCAACAGCUCUGUUCUAUUAUUUGGACCAGUGCUGAAAGUCCAGUGGAAGGUGUGUCCGACUGUGCCCGUGUCACCUUUGGCUUGUUUUUGGACCUCUAUGAUGUGGACUGUGAGCAGUUUGGUGACAAGAAGCCUCUUUAUUUGGCUCUACUGCAACGAAUUAUCCAACUCCCAUGGGAAUCCAAAGCCAAAUACCAGCGCCUCUGUGCUCUACUUCCAUAUUUGGGAACCGACACGGUGCUGGAUCAGUAUGCUGAAAUUCCAAAUCACCUCCUGAAGUGCAUGUCAAAUGAUCACCUGUGUCCUUGCGGGUCAGAACUUUACAAGUGUCUGAUCCAGCAGCAGAGAAGAGAACUUUGCGGUGACUCUCCAAAGUCGGUUUCGGAGUCAGAUCUGGCCAGUCAGUGGGCUGGACGAUGGCUUCCUGUCCUUCUUGAGGCGCUGACCUCACAUUUAGUUAUUCUUCAGAGCAACAGCUCGACACAUUUACUCCCCUGUACGUUCCAAGUCUUCCCCUCCGCUGUGGAGCCUCUGCUGGCCUCCCUGGACCCGUACUCACCAGGCCACCUCUGCUCCUGGGCCUUCAUUAUGAGUAGCUACCGCGCCGUGACUGGGGGCUCUCCCUGGUCUCUGCAGGGGAGCUGUUCCCUGGAAAUCCUCCAACCAGCCCUGGGCUCUGCAGAUGACAAAGUUCGACUUGCUGCUCUCAACCUCCUGAAUUGCAGCCCCAAGACCAGAGAGACUCCAACACCAGAAGAACUGUCAGUAAUGAGGACCUUCAUUCCUCAGAACCUAAACUCAGAGUCCUCGCUUUUUCGCCAGCAUUUUCAAGCAUCAGUGAGGAGAUUUUUGGUUCGGAUCCGAGAUGGCUGCUUGGCGCACAUCAAACAACAGAAGGGCAAGGGGGACACCGGCCAGAUGGGAAGCUCACAGCAAAUACUGGCCCUGGGAAUAGGAUUUGUGGACUGGUUGAGUCAGCUGGUGUGCUGCAGUCUGACACCAGAUCACAGUUACCAGAGGAAGAAGACGGCCUUACUGUUGCUGUCAGCCCUGCUGGAGACGUGCACAGAUACAUGGAGCCCCGACAAGAAAAAGGGACAGCCACCCGUGAACAUGGGAUCUCUCAUUAACUGUGCCAGGUUGAGAGGACAGUGGGACUUCUUCUCCAGAACAAAGCUGCUGGUUCUCAUCAGCUGUUUGGAAGAUUCCACGAACGAGAUUCGUGAACUUUCAGCAGGAUUAUUGGUGAGAUUCUUCCCUUCUGUUCUACCUGCCGACGUCGGUGCUGCUGUGCUUACUCGUGCCAAGCAGCUUGUGUGCAAUCCUCGAGUCCAGCAGGCCCAGAUGGGGUCGCUAAUGAUGAAGGUGCUCCAUCACAAACCGCAAGGCCUUCCUGAAGAUUGCAAACUAAACAGUGCCAUCAGUGUCAGUAGUGCCCAUAACAUAAAGACCUCCAGCUUAGUUAGAUUCCUUGUGAAGGAGCUUGAGAAUCACUACGUUACAGCCAAAGCCCACGUGAUGCUCGCUGCCAGAACCAAGCCUAUUCAUGGUGUUCUGAGCGCCCUACAGAAAUGUUUGUUGGAGGACACAUGCAGCAUCUGUGAUUCACUUGGUCCCGCACUGACCACUAAGCUGCUGAGCCUGCUAAAAAACAUCUCAAUACUUCUGCUCGGCGUAUUACACGGACACCAGGAUUUUGAACGUGAUGCUCCCCCUUCCUUCUGUGAUAUGGGCAACGCCAUCAAUUCUCUGAUUGCCAACUCAUCUGGAGGAAACCAAGAAGAUGGAGGAGAGGAGUGUGUCUUGUUGUCUGAGGAACACAGCCUUGUUCUCACCUGCUGCUGGGUUUCACUCAAGGAAACAGGAAUCCUUUUAGGUUCUCUUGUGGAGAGGAUUCUUUCUGAAUCCAAGCCUGAUGCAUGCUUUCUAACAAAGCAACAUCUAGAAACUGCGUCAGAUAUUUUUAGAAAUAUUCUCCUCAAAUGCCGUCACUGGGGGGCAGUAGAGGGAUGUUGUGUGGGCUUCACCAGAUUCUGUUCAGCUCUGCUCAGGGCCAGUGAUCCUGAGCUCAGGGAUAUCCCAUCUCAAAUGCUCCAACAAGCAUUACAAGUAGUGCAGUCUCCUAGUUGGACGUCCGUAACACGGCGGGCUGCUGGAUUGCCUAUGCUCAUCCUUUGUGUUGUCUCUGCAGAGGAGGCCAGUAAAGCACGGCCCCUCUUAGCACAUAGCAUGCAAACCUUACUGGACACAGCUAGAAUCCCCCUUCCUGAGAAGUGGGACCAGACGCUGGACCUCCCACAGGUGUGUGCAGUUCACACGCUUCAGGCUCUGGUGCGUGGAUCGGGACUGGGUGUCGCCAUCCUUCAGUUUGUGCCCAACAUAACUAUUUUGGCUCUCACUAUGCUCAGUUCUCCCUGCUGGGCCAUGAGAAAUGCAGCCCUGCAGCUUUACAGUGCUCUUUGCUCACGGAUGCUCGGUCAGAGGCCCGGCAGUGAGGGUGGGACGAAACGUGGCAUGUCCCCCCACGCCUUUUUCCACCACUAUUCCAAGCUCCAACCCUUCCUCCUCGAGGAACUCCGAGAGACAGCUUGUGACCUUCAGUGUGUACCUGAGGAGGCCAGGCUCCGUCUUCAGCCAUCGCUCUACCCGAUCCUGACUCUCUUAUCCCAACUGCAGCCUGGCGUCCAGGACUCGGCAAACAGAACCUUAGCAGACUUCCUGCCUCCUUUGCUUCAGCUCUCUGCCAGUCCCAUUUACAGCGUGAGAGUGAUGGCUUCUAAGGCGCUGGUCGCCAUGACUCCCCCCUCAGAGUACAUGAACAUCCUCAUCAAUCUGACGGCCCGGUUGCCGUGCACACCGGCGCGCUGCUGUCACAACUGGCUCCACGGGCAACUGCUGCACAUGAAAGCUCUCCUGGACAGAGCUCUCGGCAAAGACUGCUGUGUGCCUCCAGCAGAGGUUCAAGCAGUGGUGCGCGCUGUGGAGGAAUCGGUGUGGCUCGCCACAGAUGCUCAGCGCUGCCCGCUGGUGAGAGCGGCAUAUGUCGCUGUGGUGGAGUCACUGGGAAGAUUGUGCAGCCAGAGUUUUCUGUCAAAGCUCUUUGACGUUCUCAUUCGUGAGCUACGUACACCUCAACAAGGCCUGCAGGUUGGCUUGUCUUCCUUCCAUCAACGAGCCAUCCAGUUUCUCUGUGCCGACCCCAAGUGGGCGUGUGGCAUCUUGGAAGGUUUUACAGCAGCGAGCUGUGAUCUGAAGCUGGCGUUGGUCACGUGGGUGGUGGAGGACCACGCUUCACUCAACACCCACUUGAAAGAAUUGAUCCAGAGUGUGCUGCAGUCCAGUCUGAAGGAGGCAUCGUUGAGCCCCAUCGAGGAGUACCGCAGGGCCCACUUGGCAGCCUUGGUAGCAGUGAUGGGCCGAGGGGAUUCGCCUCCUCCACCGGGCCCGCUUGAGGAAUCCGUUCUUCUGGAGUGUCUGGAUAUGUUAUUGAGGGACCUGGAGGAUCAGAAAGGCGGGUCGGAGUUCUUGUCCCAGGCUCUGCAUGCUGCGAGCCUCCUGCUUUCCCAGUGUUUUCAGAAUUCUAUAAUCCAACGCUGGUGUGGUGUCUUGGAGUCUUGCCAGUCCCCCGAUGUUGCUGAAGUUCAGAGGAUAGCUUGUGCCGAAGCUCUGUGUGUGGCUGGCCUUCCCCUAAUGAGCCACAAUCUCAUUUCUCCAACUGUCAUGAUCAAGUUGCUGAGCACCUGCCUGUACUUGCUGCAGGACCAAAGCCAACUGGUGAGGUUGAAAGCAGCCCGCUUCAUCGCCAUGCUGCAUCACGUCAGAGGAGGAGGAGGAGGAGGAGGCCAGAAGCGCAUCUACCUCAUGCAGGUCAACCUGGCUGUACCGUUUCUGCUGGAUCUGUUGCUGGAGGAGUGCUGGGACACACCAAGAACAUUGGAGGUGCUUCUGUGUCAUGUGCCUCACUCUGACCUGAGAUCUGUUCUGAGAGAGGCAGCGGACACUGGGUGCGGAGGCCUCUAUGAGCAGGACGACGCCAACGUGUUUGCCGAGCCCUCAGUGAUGUGUGCACACGUGUUGCCCUACCUGCUGCUCAUGGCGGAAAAGUACUCUGAAUCUUCAGUGAUGGCACAGAGCCUCAGCACAUGGGCGGAGGAGAACGCUGCUCUGCUGCUAGACAACCUCACACUGUGCAAAGACAUCCAGCCAGCCGAGACGCUGCCGCUCCUCACGGACGCCCGGUUCCACCGCACGCUUUGCGGCCUGCUAACGAGAGCCACCUUCCUUCUCCGCCUUUCCAAAACGUGUGACCGUGUGCAACACCUUUGCGAUCCUUCGGCCCUGCACAUGACUUUAAAGGAUGUUCACGGUCGUCUGAGUCAGCAAGGUGUCCACUUGAGCUCCUCUCUAGAAUCUUCUGAGGCUAGAGACGUCACACCAUAGACUCUCGAUGAAAAGAUACCUGGGGAAAUCGUAUGUGGAUGUUCGAGGUAGGCCUUAAUGCUGAAUGCGCCGGGCGCAUGCUGCUGCUGCUGCACGCCAUGUUUACAGUGACUGUGAAUGGACUUGAUGAAGAUAGAAGGUAAGCAAGCUUACUGUGGAACAAAUAUGUUACACAUUUCUGCAAGGUCUUCAUCCAUUCGCUCAUUUUCUGAUGACAGAGCAGACAUGUUAAACUGGACAACAUCCAACUACACACACAAUAUGAUGAGAAUUCCAGAAAGAAAAGUACAAAUAUUUGUGUUCUGCGGAAGGGUAUCGCUGCCACACCAGAAACAAAUAAAAGUGUUCAGUUUCAUGUUAUAACGUGGUAAGUGUCACUUAUCAUGUUAAAACAUAAUAAAUUUGACUUCCGCCAUUGGCCAACCAAACCAAAGCAAUUUCUUCCGGUUCAAGUGGAGUCUUUUUUGUGUGUGUUUGUGUGUGUCUUACAGUCUAUAUCAAAGUUACUAGCUAUAUGUAAGUAUAGUUAAGGUAGAGUUGAGGUCUGUGUCUGCUUGUCCUUAACUCCACCUUAGAAGGAUGUGAUCAUCCACAGGAGUUUUUUCCGUGAGACCAACUUUUUCACAUUAUAAUGUGAAACUUGUCACGUUAUAGCGUGAUACUGAACCAUUUUAUUUUUUUUUUUUCUGGUGUGGCAGCAAUACACUUCUGUAGUAUUCUGCAACUAUCCACUGUUUGAAGAAAGCCCAAAUGCCAAUUGUAAUGUCACUCAAAACAUCACACAACACAAGGUUUCUUAAAGAGGCAGUUACCCCAUAAUGACACAGCUUAAAGCAAUUUCAGGAAAAAUGUGCAAAAUGUUCAAUAUGAUGAUAGAACUCAAAUAUGCAUGAUCAAAAUGGCAUGUUUUAUCCAAUAACUUGUUGUGGACAAUGAAACCAUGUGGAAAAAAUGGAGUCAAAAAGUUUUGUAUAAUUUAACCACUAAUUACACACACUGUGGUUAGCAGAGAAGUGCGUGGGACGUGCCCAAAACUACAUAUAUCAAAUUGAAAAAAUGAGGGAAUCACUUUUUGAGAGACUUGUUUUAUAAUGGUUGGUGUGCAAAUGUUUCAAAAGUUUCAUUAUUUUGCUGCAUUUUAAUGAUGACUGAUUAAUUCAAACGAGGACACUAAAAGAUCUUCUUGUAUGUCGCGAUAUUGACCCUCAUGAUUCCUCAAUUCCCCAGUGCAAUAAAUUGUGUUUGGUAUUUAUCAAAGUGUUCAACUUUGUGCUGAGCCUAGGCAGAGGUCCCCACUGUGCUGUGUGCGUGAAUAGUGUAUGAAUUUGGUGAUGAGCAUCCUUUGUAUCUGCAGUGCAUCAGCAGAGGCUAGCCGCUCAGUGCCAAACUCGGGGAAUACGGUGCUGUUUAUGUGCUCCAUUAGAGUUCUUGUGCCCGCAUAAGUGUCCAUUUUCCCAACCACAUGAGAGCUCCAGAUAAUGGACUGGCCCUGAGUUGACAGAGGGUGGGCGCUCGCUUGUUGACAGCCCACACACUAGAAGAGUCUUACAUCAUCACAUUGCCUCCUGCUUCUUCUUGAGGUGGGUGAGAUAAAUGACUCACUCACUGACACAGGCGAUACGUGGUGGUGUUCUUUUUUUUCCAGACGUGAAUCAGAAUACUUCCUUUUAAUUUCUAUGAAGUAGAGCAUUUUCAAAGUGACUCAUUACAAGUGUGUCUCCAAGAACAAAUGCAAAUCAUGACUCCGACGUUGCUCCACAAGUAGACGAUGUGAAGGGAAUGUAACGAGACGGUUCACCCGUUAAUUGCAGCUUGUUUCUCCAUCACAGAGAUGAAAACAAGUAGCCAGUAGUAUGUAGUCUGCAUUAUUCAGCGGACAAGUUGUGUUUAAGUACAUCAAGUACAGAAAAGUAGUGAAACAUUGUGCAAUUUGAAAGUAAAGUUGCACUUCCACAAUGUGAUUUUCUGGCCCUCUCUGCAGCCUGCCUGCUUUUCCUGUUUAAUUAAGAGACCGACUAUAGCAACGUGGAACAAUGCCAAGUAGGUGCGUUCAUUGGGUUUGUGUGCACACAUUGAACCACAUGUUUACCAUCUGGACUGGGAAGACGAGGGAGUGUUUUUCCAUUGUGUCAUCAGUGUAUCCUUCCUUUUAAAGUGCCCAUAUGGAAUUACUGUAUAACACAAUUAGUUCGGAAUUGUGUAAUAAAGUCAACUGUUGAGGGUGCUAAUUUUAGUGCUCUUUCUGCAACUCUUAAAACGUCCAAUAAAGUGGUCACCGUUACUUUAGGUAACCAAAAAGUAUGUUUUACGACAGUGACUUAAAUCAAGGCGGGUACAAGUGGAAGAUCUACUGUCGAAUUAGUUUGAUGACGGAUUUGUUCUGUAAGAGAAAUAAUUUCCCCCAUGGGGUAACUUUGUCGGCAAUGUUGCGAGUAACCUUUGAGCCGUUUCAGGGUAAAAAUAAGUCAACCACUAACCAAAGCAUUGUGUGCUCGUCCUUAGAUGGAGAGUGAUGUGGUCUAUAGGGAAAUACAGAGGGUGAGCUGAUUGCAUUCGGACUUCAUGCAGCCAUCCCGCUGUUUAACGUUAUCAACCUCAGGUGCACGUUCAACUGCACCGACAAUAAAGCUUUCAUUAGACGAAGGUGUGACCUUUUUAAAACCUGAAAACCCACAGAAGUAAAACCAACUGAUUCAAGCGUGCUUGAUUUCCGCGAGUUCUGUUUGCGUCGAUGGCCGUCGCCUGAAAACGUGCCUGGCUUCUGUUUUCAAGAGUUGACCCGAUGAGCACUGAGCGUGUCACGAGUUGGCUGCCCUCUUCAUGCUCACCGCCAACAAUGGACGCUGGCAAAGAAAGAGGGAAAAUAAGCACGGGAGCUGUCAUUUUAACAGCCCUCUGCGGAGUCUUCUUUCUGGCUGACUGGAAAAACAGGCCUCGUGAGUUGGAGCGGAAGAACACACAGACACAUGAGCGAGUACCAAGGGCCAGAUAGGACUGCACUUGGAUUAGAAAUAGAAAGCUGCGGGUCAGAUGGGAAUUUAUAUUUAGACGGGAAAAGUAAUCCAACGGUUACAAUGUAAUUGUAAACAUGCGUACUUGAAGUGGACUCCCUGACUGACAAGUUCGUUCUCUCAAGGCUGCAUGCUCGUCCAUGUGUGUCCAUGUGUGUACAUGUGUACAGUACGUGUGCAGGGGGUCCUCGGUUUACCGCGGAGAUUCAUUCCAGUGUUGGGAAGAUUACUUUGCAAAUGUAGUUGGCUUCAUUUACAAGUUACCCUGUUAAACGUUUAACUAUAUAUAUAUAUGUAGUGUAACUAUUUCAAUUACUCUUCACAAAGUAAUCCAAAGCAGUAUGUAGUCUUUUUGUUGUCUUCAAAAUUGUAACUGUGAGUCUCACUUUCUCAAAAUCUCACACAAACUAAUAGAUUGCACUGCAGGGUGGUGCUUCGAGGUCAUAUAUUGGAAAAGUAUGUCAUGUUUGAGACUACGGUAGAAUAGCACAUGACCAGAGAGAGCCAAUUACAAGUGUCUGCUUUAGAAGUGAUAUACUGUGUGUGUAUAUACUAAAGAAUAACAAAAAUUGUAAUCAUGGAACGUUCAAUAGCAACAAUAUUUUAUUACACAUUUUCUCCCAGUAAUGUAAUGACUUACAUUACAUUUUGUAAUCCAAUUACAUAAUAUACGUUACAUGUAUUUAGUUACUCCCCAACACUGUUCCCAAGGCGGACUUAAUACAUAACGUACCCUAGUCUUUCACUAACUGUAAUGCACUCAUAAAAUCAUGCUUACAGUAAAUCUAUGAAUGAUAAAGAAAAAUCAUAUUUUGGCUGUAACUGAGCGUGCCUUCUUGUACCACAUGAAAGUAUUUUCCCGCCUGUGCACAAUAUAGUUCAUAGAGUGUGAAUCUGUAAGCUCAAAAUGUCAUACAUUUCAUUCAAUCUUAUUUGAAAACCCCUUCUGGGCAACAAAUAAUAUCGAAUGAAAAGCAAAGUACGGCGGUAACUGAGCGUACCGCAAAAUAUGGUUACGCUGCAGUACAAACGAGUUGAUUGCAUUCUUAACCUCAAAAUGUCACAAUUAUAGUAGAUAACGCACGGCGAGUAUUGCUAAAAAUCUAUUUAAAAAAAUCAAAUCCAAUGAAAAACAGUACGGAAGACCGCAACUGAGCGUGUUUUCUUGUGCGCCGCGUUUGUAACCU